GAUAAAGAGCGUAGAAAGCGUAAAGGGAGCACACCAAGAUUUACCCUGGUUCACCACAACUUGUGGCUAAUCCAGCCUCCCGAGAGACUCUCUCGAGCUACACUACUUCCGUUAAGCUUACGGGUGCUUAACAAACCGUUACAACCUGAGAACUCGAGUCCCACGAGCCUCAACAACACUUGCUCGGAGAUACCGCACUCCAAGACUUCAACCCGAAGGAAAAUACCUUUCCUUCGUACAAUCAAGGGAAACAAGCUUCCCUUAACGUGUAUACAACACUAAGACACUCAAGAACAAGGCUCUCUUUUAGAGUAGAUGUUGAGUAAACUAUAUACGCUCAAGAACAACUCAAACUUCACAAAUUGGCUCUAGAAAGCUAUGAAAAAUGAUGUUGUUUGAAUGCAAUGAUAAUAUGAAUAUUGUGAAGUGAAUUGAUGAGAAAAGCAGACCCAAACACCCCUUUUUAUAGUGUCAAAAUAGGCUCCAACGGACCAAUGCAUUAAAGGGGUGAUUGGCUUGAUUUAUGGGAUUGAGUAAGUUUGGGAUCUGCAGGAUAUUGGCUUCCCAUCGAUGUUUUGAAAUUACCCAUCGCUGUUCAAAGUUGAGACCCGAUGGGUCUCCGACGCAUCGCGCUCCUCUGCGUCUCGUUGAGACCUUUCCAGAAAGUGCUCGCACGCUGAAAACGGACACUCCUAGCAAAAGUUAUGCCCAAAACAGCGUGGUGACCACACUACCAGUGGAUUGUUGGUGCGCCGCUGUGACGGAUGAGGUUGGUGAUCCCAAGCUCUCGGAUGACCACAGCCUCGUUGUUGAGGAUCCAAUCAUCGCCGCCAUAUGUUGUUAUGUCGUCACCGCGGGUGGGCAGCCCUGCGACCCGAGCGAAGGUAGCCAGAUCAAUCUCUAUGUCGUAGAGAUUGAUGCUACUGUGAAUGGUGUCCCCGUCCCGGCGGAGAUUGGAGUAGAAGGCUCGCACAAAGGCGGGAUUGAUGCUCGAGCGGCUUCUGGAGACGAACGACCACAGACCCGAUGCUUGAAGCUGGUUCUCGAGGUCGUGGUACCCCUUUUGUUGAGGGUACAACUCGGGCAGCACCCUAGGCGGAGAAAUGGGACGCUUGGCAAAGUGCGUGAGGAACCGGUUGAGUUCCUCCUCCGACCCGAACUCCAAGAAGGAUCCGUCCAGGUAUGGAAAGGGUUGAGGCGCAGAGCUCGUAGCCUCAGCGGCGGCCUUCUUCUUCGAAGCUUUUGUCUUCUUUCCUCCGGCCAUGAUUUGAAGCAAGAAUUUGAAGAAUUGUGAAGAAUAAAAGAUGAACUAUGAA